AUGUGUCGGGAUUCGAAUCAUCUUCGUGGAUGCUCAAUGGCGUAUGAGAAUUUCCAUUCUCGCCAUAAAGCAAUUCUGUCCAGGCUCGGUGGAAUGCAAGAGCUCCUGGUCAUCAGAGGUCCUUCAUUCAUGGGUCAUAGAUGUUUUUGCAGAACGCUUGCUAUUAAAGCUCUUCAAGGCAGCUUUUUGGGAGUGGCAUGCCCCUCAUCGUUUCUUAAGCCUCACAAAGUUAUUCAGCGCUUCUUGGAGCUUUGGGAUCCGAUAGACAAGUACUACGAUGAAAGGCCAAAGCUCUCCAACCCGAUGUCGACUUUGAAUCAGGAGUUGAGGCAACUCUAUUCCCUCAUUGCCCCGCUGAACACUAUGUCUGCCGCAGCUCCUUUGCAAGUCAUCCGACCUUCAGGAGACAAAAAUGGUGAGAGGAAGGAGGACGCAUUCUUUGUAGAACACCAUAUGCUGGAGGAGACUGUGCGGAGGACCGGGAGGUUGAUGGAGAAGGCCUUCAAGAAGCGAUUCUUUGUCCGCUACGAUCCCGAGCUGUUUCCCGAGACUUUAACGAAGAAAGAUAAAGCCAAAUGGCCACAUUCUUACGAUUUUGAAAUGGCUUGCGCUCUUACCCCAACCUGA